CUAACCCGGAUUGGGGACAGCUGGCGGUUCCGCGGGGCGGUGUCCGGAGAGCUGCGGGGCCCGGGAGCCCGGGGUCCACGCCACACUCCCAGGAGGUGCCCGAACCAGCGGGCCGGCGAGGAGUAGCGGCCAGCGAGACCCGCAAGCCGGGACCAUGGGCUGCUUCUUCUCGAAGAGGCGGAAGGCUGAGAAGGAGUCGCAGCCCGAGGGCGAGGAGGAGCGGCCGAAGCAGUACAGCUGGGACCAGCGCGAGAAGGUUGAUCCAAAAGACUACAUGUUCAGCGGACUGAAGGAUGAAACAGUAGGUCGCUUGCCUGGCCAAGUGGCAGGACAACAGUUCCUCAUUCAAGACUGUGAGAACUGUAACAUCUAUAUUUUUGAUCACUCGGCUACAAUCACUAUCGAUGACUGUGCUAACUGCGUGAUUUUCCUGGGACCUGUGAAAGGCAGCGUGUUUUUCCGGAAUUGCAGAGAUUGCAAAUGCACGUUAGCCUGCCAGCAGUUCCGUGUGAGGGACUGUAGGAAGCUGGAAGUCUUUCUGUGCUGUGCCACUCAGCCCAUCAUUGAGUCUUCCACAAACAUCAGGUUUGGCUGUUUCCAGUGGUACUACCCUGAGCUAGCGUUCCAGUUCAAAGACGCAGGGCUAAGUAUCUUCAACAACACCUGGAGCAACAUUCAUGACUUCACGCCUGUGUCAGGAGAACUCAACUGGAGCCUUCUUCCAGAAGGUGCCGUGGUUCAAGACCAUGUUCCUCUCCCUGCCACCGAAGAGCUCAAAGCUGUCCGCAUUUCCACAGAAGCCAACAGAAGUAUCGUUCCAGUGUCUCGAGGUCAGAGGCCGAAGAGCAGUGAUGAAUCCUGCUUGGUGGUAUUAUUUGCUGGCGAUUAUACAAUCGCAAAUGCCAGAAAACUAAUUGAUGAGAUGGUUGGUAAAGGAUUCUUCCUAGUUCAAACCAAGGAAGUGUCAAUGAAAGCUGAAGAUGCUCAGAGAGUUUUUGGGGAGAAAGCACCUGACUUCCUUCCUCUGCUGAGUAAAGGUCCUGUUAUUGCCUUGGAGUUCAGUGGAGAUGGUGCUGUAGAAGGGUGUCACCUUAUUGUCAACGAGAUAUUCAACGGGACCAAGAUGUUUGUAUCCGAAAGCAAGGAGACAGCGUCUGGAGACGUAGACAGCUUCUACAACUUUGCUGACAUACAAAUGGGAAUAUGAAGUGCAACAUGGAACCAAGGACUUGAUAUUAAGCCCUUUUUAAAUUGUGUGUUAGCGGUUUUUACUAAUGUUAAAACUGUCAAAGCGUAUUUUUAAAUAAACUGUU